AGAGGGCAUUGGAGCGUGUUUAAGGUGCAGGCUGCAUCUCGCAGUUAUUGUACUGACGCGCUUGACGAGAAGGAAGCCGGCACGAGAUCCAACGCUGGCUUCGUACUCUUAAACCACGGGGCGCCAGCUAUGGCCUCCUUAAACUACAUUUUAGCAUUCGUUCUCGCUGUCGUCGCACUGCCCAAAUUGAAAGCCUGGGUGACAGACGAGUGGUAUUGCCAACGCUUGGCUCCGCUAUCAAUAACGUCGGUUGUGACACCGUGUACUUUUCCAUGUCUGCUAAUAUCGCCCUACAACGCGCACGCCCGGAUUAUUGUGCGAAAAGAAGCUGACGGUACACCAUGUAAGAUUUCAGGGGGUGCAUCGUCACCAUUCCAGGAGUCCAGCUGCUGCAAUGGCUUAUGCCAGUUUCCGGCUGCUCGGCUACAGUUGAAACGAAUAAAAAGGGAAACCAGACUGAUUCGCGAGCGAAGGGGUUUGAUAAAAGCAAUAAAAAAGAAAUGUGGAGGAAAUAAGAAAGAGAAAAAGGAAAAGAAGAAAAAGAAAAAGAAGAAAAAGAAGAAAAAGGAAGAGAGCUAAAUGCAAAACGCUGGUGAUGCCACUCCCUUUUGGAAAUCACUUGGUGGAGGGGACACUGACAAAGGCAGCACCAGUAACGCAGUUCACUUGGUACAACCUUGGUUUGCAAGGGCGGUGGACAGCAGCAAGGGUACCAUGUGCCGAUUACUAACGCGUACACGAUACUUGGAGGUUCACGGCUCAUUCAUUGUCAAACAGAACGACAUGGUGGAAGGUUCUUUUCAAUGCUCAUUGAAAAGCUAUAAAUCAGAAUUGCUGUGAUUCUUUUAUUUGCGGGCUACAGACAUUGAGGCGACAAGUUGAUAUUUUUAUGUCUAUAUACUUUGCGAGGUAAGUAUUUAUGGAUGCCGAGUUAUUUUUAGCCCUUCCCUCACUUGUCAGCCAUUGCGACAAUUCCUAAAAAUUGUUCACAUUGUGAUUUGGCAAAAAAAAGAAGUUCUGCUACAUAUUUUGUACUUUUUAUGCUUCCAUUCACUUUUGCUUACGUGAAUUGAAGAAUACGACCUUGAAUAAAAAUUCCUGACUUCCAUU